AUGCCAGCGCCCGCGUUCGCGCUGGUCGGCGCGACGCUGCUCCCCAGCGCGCCAGCGCGAAACGUAGAGGAGCUGUGCGGUCGCAUCAGCAGGCAGGAGAACGCGGACGCGGGCGACGGGGCCGCCGAUGUCCAUGUUGCCGCCCUCAACGUGAACGCAAAGCAGCGCCCGCUCGUGCUGCUGCACCUCGCGCCGACGAAGGGCGGCGCUGGCGACGACGUAGACGCGCGGCGGAACGAGCUUUUGGCCAUCAUUCAGCCGCACGUCGACCUGCGCGACCCGUAUGGGUCUGGGCAGACUGUGAAGGCCGUGAGGGCCUGGAGAGCCCCUCCAAACGCGGAGAGCAAGGCGCAACUGGUCGAGGUGCCCAUCAAGUCCCUGGCGCAGGCCCUGCAGCCCCGACGCGCCUCCGGUGCCCUGCCGGACGUCGCCGCGGCGGACGAACAGGACGCGACUGGCAGCGGGCGCGAUCCCGACGCGGACGACGCGCUCGACGAUCCCGACGGAGCGGUGGACUGCUGGGACGUCGUCGCGCCGGUGCCAGGCGAGAGCGGCGCGGACGCCAGCGAGGCAACAGACGCGCGACUCGAACGCCUCCAGCGCGCCCUGACGUCCGCGCAGACCAAGAUGGCGCGGCAGCUGGCCAACCUGAAGCGGUCGAACCCGCUGGCGCCGACGGACUUCGCGCCGCACCCGUUCUGGGGCCCGCGGCUCGGCCUGUCGGCGUCGCAGGCGGGCGGCGGCCGCGCCAGCCCGCUGCCCGUGCCAGACAAGGAUCUGGUGACGCCGUACGACGACUGCGGGGCGACGAUGGUGGGGCCGGUCGGGCAGCAGGGGCUCAAGCUGUACUUCGACCACGGCGCGCUCGCGGGCUGGGUGGAGCAGAGCAGCCCGUGCUGCGCGGCCGCGGCGGUGGCGGGCGCGUGGAACGCCGUCAAGCCCGCCGCGACGAUGCUCUUCCCAGACGGGACGCCCAAGCUGGGGCAGGAGGACGUGCUGGAGCUGUACCGCGAGCACUGGGGCCAGGAGGUGGCGAGCGCGGAGAAGCAGGUGCUGAACUUGCUCGCCGCGCAGCUCGGCGCGCUCGACGCUGCAGAGGCCGACGCGUCGGGGCACCUCGUGCCCGCGCCGCCGCCGGGGCUGGCGUCGCUCGACCAGCUCGCGGCGCACUUCCGCAACGACGGUAUCCUCAAGCGCGGCACCAAGCCCGGCCGGAACGCCGUCGAAGCGUCGCUGUGCAAGUUCGCGGACGUCGACAGGGCGCAGGUUCAAGCCGCAGAGCAGCAGGAGCAGGCCGCGCCGCCAAAGGAGAAGCCCGCGAGCGCCCGCAGGCCGGGCUCUGCCCGGAAGCCCUCAGGAAAGAAGCGCGCGACGAAGAAGAAGGCGCGCGGCCGCACCGACGUGCCCGUGGAGAUCUUUGAGGGGGCGCGGCCGCCGCAGGCCGGGCCGUCGAGCGGCGCCGUGCCUGUCGAGGAGGCCGGGCAGGGCGAGGAGCAGCCGGACGGGGCCUCGGGGGGGGAGUCCGGGGCUGACUCGUCCGACAUCUCCAGCCUGGUGGUGGAGGGGCGGCAGCAGCGGACGUCGGUGCGGUCGCGGCCCGCGAGCGCGGCGCCGGGCCGCGGCGUGCGGGACCCCGAGGGCCAGCUGAAGCCCGCGGUGGCGGCGGCGCUGCUGGGCGGCGCCCGGGCGACGCUGGUGGCGCGCGUGGCGACGUGGGCGACGAAGAGUAACGCCCUGGAGAAGCUGAGUCCGCCGCAGCCGAGCACUGCGCCGGUGGGCACGGACCGCGUCCUGUGGGCACUCAGCACGCUGGGGAACCGCAACCAGGUCGGGCUGAACGUGUGGAGGCUGCUCGGUGCGGGCAGGGGCCGGUGGGAGAUGUCCCUGUCGGAGAAGGACACCACGACGGACGUGGCGCGGCAGUGGCUGCGGUGCGUGGAGCUGCUGCAGCGGACGGGCGCGGCGCUGGUCUUCCACCUCGAGAACCACUACUCGCUGAUCCACGCCGCGCGCGAGUGGCAGGCGGACGCGGGCUACGGCGGCCGACGCACCGUCCGACAGCUGCUCGUCGCGCGGCCGGGCCAGCGCCCGUGCUACUGGUACGACUUCGAGUGGCUGCGCAGCACCCUCCUGGCGUGGAAGGGCUACGGCGUGGUCGCGGUGGAGUGCGCGCAGACGCAGCUGGCCGCGGCGGACGCCGAGCACGGCGGGCCCCUCGAGACGUCGUUCUCCGUCCCGCCCGCGAUCUCCGAGGACCGCCGGCAGGCCCUGGCGGCGCACAUGAGCUCCAGGGCCACCAGGGCCGCGGCGACGCGCACGUCCGCGCCCGGCGGGCCCUCGGAGGAGGCAGCGCCGUGGCGCCCGAAGAAGGCCGCGAGCGCGCUCCCGGUGCCGGUCCCGAAGACGCACUCGGAGCGGGAGGUGCGCAUCCACGCGCUGCGGGCGCGCGCCAAGACGCUGAGCGUGAUGGUGAUGCCGGCCAAGGCCGGCGACGGGCGCGUCUUGACGAAGGACGGCACGGUCGUGAUGACGGACGGCAGCACGGUGCCGAUGAUGGGCCCCUCGCCGCGCGCCACCGCCGAGGAGCUCAGGAACCUCCCGCUGCCGCAGCUGCCCCAAAUGACCACGGUCCCGUCGCUGCCGUGCCACGAGAUCGACUUCUUGGAGGACGCGAUCGACGAGGGGUCGGACCGGGAGGCCGCGUUCUCCAUCUCGGACCACAGCGACAGCGGGUCGGACCUCGCAGGGCUCUAG